CUUGGCAGCAGGACGCUGGCGACAGGCACACUCCUUCCCCAGCCCGUGCGCUCCACCGCUGCUAUGGUCGCCGUGCCCACUGCCUGGUGCUCCGUCGCUCUGGCCCUGCUCCUGGCUCUGCAGGAAGGCAAGGGCCAGGGGGCCGCUGCUCCGGAUCACCCCGCGCCCUCGCCCCGGGCCCGAGGCUCCCACCUGCGGCCUCGACGUUGCUCCUGCAGCUCCUGGCUGGACAAGGAAUGCGUCUACUUCUGCCACCUGGACAUCAUCUGGGUGAACACCCCCGGACAGACAGCUCCUUACGGCCUGGGAAACCCGCCAAGACGCCGGCGCCGCUCCCUGCCGAAGCGCUGUGAGUGCUCCAGCGGCGGGGACCCCGCCUGUGCCACCUUCUGCCAUCGAAGGCCCUGGGCCGAAGCUGUGGUAGUCCCAGGCAGCAGGUCCCCUGCCGACGUGUUCCAGGCCGGCCAGAGAUGGACGUCCGCAGGAGAGCUCCUCCAGCAGCUGAGGGAAAUUUCUGCCACCAAGAUCCGCUUUGCCAGAGGACACGAGGAGGCAGAGAGGGAGCCGAGGCCCAUGUACCCCAGGCGAAGGAAAACAUAGCACUGAUUGCCAGAUUGCCAAGGAACGCUGGGAAGGAGCCUGUGUGGGGCUUCGAGGAGAGGAGCAGCCCAGGGCCAGGAACACAACCUGCUGAGGCGGCACGAGCUCUGGCCUCCUUGCACGGGUGAAGGAGCUUCUCCCAAGUCAGCUCAUGUCCUCACCCUACCUAGGAAAGCCUUCAGCCCUCAGGCUGCAGGGCGGCCUCCCCCCACUAGUCCCAGCCCCACCGCCCCGCUAGAAGGAACUACAUGAGGAGCGUGCUAACCCAGAGACCACGUCCUGAGAGGUUUCCUGUCUAUUGGCUACAAACUGAGAUCGGCGAGCAGUGGUGGACCCUCAAACGGAAGCCAGCGCUGGAGGCUGGACGGGGCUGGUGUCCUAGGCAGGCCCCGCCCAUCCCCUCCAGUUCUCCCUCCCCAGAGUCCUUCCACCCCAUGUCCCCAGGAUGCUCCUGGUGAAAAUGGCCUGCUCGGCUUCAUCUGUCUGUAUAUAACUUAUUUCCUCUAAGAACGUGGAGGAUUCUGUUAUUUAUUUUAAUGUAUUUUUUUAAGACUCUUAUUUACCUGCGAACUUGUGUUUUUAAUAAACGAAGAAGUGUUACUCUGAUAUUUUGUCUUGCCUGAAGCAGAGGUGGGAGGACCCUCUCAGGAACGGGCUGCUCGGAAGUUAAGGGGACACAGGAAGGAGAGAGAAAGGGUCUGGGGCAGUAGCCAGAGCCCAGGGUUCUAUUCCCCCGGGCUCUUGCUGGUCACCUGUAGCUGCUAACCCAGCCUCUCUAGGCCCUCGCCUAUCAACGUGCCUGAGCAGCCAUUUGUAGCUUUGAAAUCCAGGAUUCUGGGACCUGUGUUCCCAUUGGGCCAGUCACCGAUGGCCAGGCCUUUCCCAGGAGCAUGUUUGGAAGGAAUCAAGACCCACUUCUGCUCAAGCAGCCCUCACCAGGAGCUGUCGUGAGGCCCAGAGUGUAUCUGUGCAGCAAAGGCUAUAGCCAGAUGGGUCUCAAGACCGUGUGCAGCCCGACGGGCCAGUGAUGGAUGCUAUGAUGGUGCUACGGCCUGGCCCUCACUCGUCCCUUGCCUCGGCCCUCGCCAGUGAACAAGACGUGAGCUUCAACCGCGGAAGCCCAGGGCUCCAGGCCUGGGUCGACCAGUCCUGCCAAGGCCGGAGAAGCAGCCCACCCGAGUUCCAGGGUUGACCAGCAGUCAGGAUCACCCCUGCUGACAGCUGCCUGGACCCACAGCCUCCAUGUCUGCCAAAUCCUCCUGUGACAAGCUGUUCCCUUUUCUCCCGGCUGGGCUGGGCUGGGAGUGGCAGGUGGCCCAAACGGCUAUUGCGAGAUAAUUAUUUACACACUAUUCUGAUCCUGCCUUGUCCAUGAAGCCAGCCCUGACCCCCUCCUGGAAGGAUGUCAUGCCACACAUAUCGAAAUCCUACUGUGUACUUGCACUUGACUGAUACUAACUGCAUCUCGGUAACCUGUGACAGAGGAAUUUUUAUUACUCUGUUUUAAUGAUGAGGAAAUUGAUGUACGGAGAAGGCAAUUUACUUGCCCAAGGUCACACCGUAAGUGGUGACGUCAGGAUGAACCCAGAGUCUAGGGUACAUAUGGAUGGAUGGAUGGAUGGAUUUUUAAAAUAUUUUUGAUGAAAUUCACGGAUCACCACUGCAGCGUGACCUGGGAUAAAUCUCUUUCUGGGCCUCAUUUUUUUUUUUUUUUUAAUCUACAAAAUGGGAAACAAUAGUCUCUAGCUUG